AUGGAAUUUACUCAUAAUAAAAAUUACUAUGUCGCUGGAAUGGAGACGCUAUUCGGUGAACAUGCUAUUAGAAUCAACGUCACAAUAGAAAGAGAAUAGAUACCUACUACUUCUAAAUACAUGAAAAUGGUUGUGAUAGUGCCACCAAAUCUGAAGAUAAGUUAGUUGAAACGUAAAAUCGAAAAUGAAUUUGAGGAGUUAUAUCCAAGAGAGCUACCAUUAUAGAUCUAAACAAUAGAGGAUAUGUCUGGAAAACCUCUUAGAGAUACAUACUUAGUAGGUGACUAUUUGAAAUAAGACGAUAGAGUCUUUGUUUAUCCAAAGAGCUUAUAAGACGAUGCGAUUGAGCGAUUGCCUUAUGUUAUUGAUCCUAAAGAUUUAGUUACAACUAUCAAGCAAGCGCAUUACUCCACAGUGGCAAAGCUAACUGAGACUCAGCUUGAAUAGUAUAAGAAUAAGGUUGGUGUAGUUGAGGGUAUAAUAGGUCUAGGCUUUAAUAAUGACAAGGCAGUUAUCUAGAAUUUGGGAAUAGUCUUGAACAAAUUGAUUGAUGAUAGAACUGUCUUUCAAAUUUAUGAUGAGGAGAGGCACAGGAAUGUGCUUGAUAUGACUGUAUUAGUAUUGGAUAGUUGGAUAUAAAAGUAUGCACAGUAUGAUAAUCUGAUAUUGGCAAACAUAUUAAAGCUUAUGGAGGUAUUAGUCAAGUCAAGAUCUUUUUAUGAUAAAUUCAAGGAUAAGCCAAGCCUUGAUGUACUUUAAACCAUUGCUAGAGAUGAAACUUAACCUGCUGCCACAAGAAGUGCUUUAUUAAGGAUAACAUCAGCAUUAGCUCCUUCAUUAUCUUGGAACACUGCCAAGUAUUUUUAAACACCAGGCUAUGUGAAAAAUAAGUCAUAUCUAUUAUCAGCUACAGAUCCAAAUCAUCUAGCGAAAUCUUUCAACAGAAAUUCAUCAACUGGUUCUUUACUCUUCAGUCAGCCAAUGUAUAAGAAAGCUCUAGUUCCCCUUGAGUAGGAUCUCUACAAGAGCUAAGGUGACCCUUUUCAUAGCACUUCACCAUUUAUGAAUGAAAAUAGAGUGUUAACACCAUCGAGAUAUGGAAUGAGUUUCUUAGGGUAGAGUCUAGAUUAGGCUAUAUACUCCCAGUCACUUUCAAGUUUGGGCAAAGACUCAGACAUGUAGAGAAAGUGGCUGUACGAUAGACCUUUGUACAAGUUAAGCUACAAAGAUAGAUUACCACCAGUUGAUCAUAAAUCCUAUGACAUGUUGUAAGAGUACCUUGAACUGAUACAUAUUGAUACUACACCCAAGGAUUAUGUUAUGUACGCCAUCCAUAAUUUGGAAUUAAUGUUAGACUAUGCAAUGAAAUUCAGGUCAUAUGUAAUUAAUUUCGUCAAUGCAGUAUUUUUCCAUGGGUAAAAGUACCUUGAAAUUCAGAAACUUAUUAACUACACUUAGUGUGAGCACGACUUAUUAAAGGAGUCAGCUAUGAAGGAAUUCGUAAAUUUUGCAUUACAAACUCUAGCCAAUCUAGCAAGGAAAUAAACACUUAGACCUUAUAUCCUAUAUAAUGAAGGGCUUAAUGCUUUUGUUCAUAAAUUAAGAGAUAUGAAUAAUUUGACUGGAAGAAGAAUUGCUGGAGAAGCUCUGGCAAAUGUCGCUGAAAAAGAUGAGUUCUUAAGAGCAAGGGUAACUGAUGAGUUAAAAGAGGAGUUAAAACGAAGUUGGAGGAGUGAGAUAGAUCCAGUGGUGAAUUUAUUCUAAAAGGGUUUCCUCAAAACUAGUGGGGAUAAAGAAGCAUUUAUCUAUUCUUGA